AUGGCUGGAGAAGAACCAAAGACUGUGCCAGUUUCUACCAUUGAGGUAGAUACUGAUUCUCCAGUGGCCAGUACAAAGUAUGAUUCAGACAGAGAGCGCCAGGAAAGUCCGACCCAGCCUCUUCCAGGGAAAAGCACCUUUGAAACAGAAGACCAUCGCUUGUAUCGACCAAUCGACAGCUAUGAGGGCAUUCAUCGCUGGGACCCUGAUUUUCGAUGGACCGAAGAAGAGGAGAGGAAGAUUGUCAGAAAGAUUGAUUGGCGCGUCUGCACGUUUGCUUGCGUUACAUUCUUCGCACUGCAACUUGAUCGAGGGAAUAUCGGUCAGGCGCUCUCGGAUACCUUGUUGAAAGACCUUAAGAUGACCAGCAAUGACUACAACACCGGGCAAACUAUCUUCUUGGUCUGCUUUCUGAUCGCCGAAAUGCCCUCGCAGUUGAUUUCUAAGCGACUGGGCCCCGAUCGCUGGAUCCCUAUCCAAAUGGUGGCAUGGAGUUUAGUUGCAGCGUGCCAAGCAUUUUUGAAGACGAAAUCAGCUUAUCUAGGCCUCCGUGCCUUGCUCGGACUGCUUGAGGGUGGUUUCAUUCCUGAUACAAUUCUCUUUUUGUCCUUUUUCUACAAGUCCAGCGAGCUUCCGAAGCGGCUUACAUGCUUCUGGAUUUCAUACACGCUGACCAGUAUCAUUGGCGCAUUUCUAGCAUUUGGUCUCCUUCAUAUCAAGGACUCUAAUGGUGGCGGGUCCUGGAGGUACCUCUUCGCGUAUGAAGGUCUCAUCACCGGUAUUAUUGGCAUUCUCGCUGCGUUUUGGAUGCCCGCGGGCCCAACGCAGACCAAAGGCGGACUUCGAGGGAAAGACGGAUGGUUCAACGAACGCGAAGAGAAGAUUAUGGUGAAUCGUGUGAUUCGCGACGAUCCAAGUAAAGGAACCAUGCACAAUCGCCAGGCUGUUACGCCCAAGCUCCUCUGGUACUCAUUGAAGGAUUAUCACAUGUGGCCAAUCUACGCUCUUGGUUUGAUUUGGAUGAUCCCCUAUACCCCAGCUGCCAACUACCUCACCUUGCAGCUGCGCCAGCAGGGAUUCACCACCUUCCAAACCAAUUUACUUGUUAUUCCUUCCGCUGUCGUCAGCAUCAUAACGAUGGUCACGACCACUUGGCUUGCAGAGCGUACUAACCAGCGCUUGCUCUGCGGUGCAGCUGUAGAGAUUUGGUAUUUGAUCCUGCUGAUCGCACUCGAGACGCUCCCGAUGAAAAGCAUGCCCUGGCCCCGAUUUGCCAUUCUUACUUUGACCGUUGGGGGGCCUAGCAUUCAUCCGGUAGUAGUAGCAUUAACCUCGCGGAAUGCAGGGUCUGUCCGGACAAGGACGGUAGCUUCUGCAUUGUACAAUAUGUCGGUGCAAAUCAGUAGCAUUGCCGCUGCUAACGUCUACCGAGCCGACGAUGCUCCAUACUACAGAGAAGGAAAUAAGGUCACGAUCGCACUGGCUGUUGUGAGCUUCUUUCUCUUCAUCGGAGCAAAAUUAUACUAUGAUUGGCGUAAUAAGCGAAACGCCAAGCAAUGGGAUGCCCUUACUAGCGAACAGAAGCGGCAGUAUCUUCAAGAAAACUCAGUCAUGACCAAUAAACGACUUGAUUUCCGGUUUGCUUCUUAA